AUGCAGUCUCGAUUGGCAACCGCUCGUCUCGCACUGGCAGUGGCAAUCGUGACAUCAGGUAAUAUCGCGGAUGUCAAUGCGCGACCGAUGCACGCGGACAUCAUUCCUAAAUACCACCGAUACUUGAAAGAGAAAGAACAUGUGAAUACUGAGCUGGACAUUUGGCUGGAGCAGUACGGCCCCAUGGGAAAGAAGAAUGGUUUUAUCCCGGUGACAGAAUCACGAAGUUUAGAUGAUGUACGAGAAGAUCAGCUACAACGUUUCUAUAUGACCAAGGAACAAAUUAAUGAAGCACGGACUGCUAAUCCAAUGGCCGAAUUUACAACUGACGGACCGCUUACACUGAUGACAAUGGACGAAUUCAAAGAAUUUCUUCUGAAUAGCCACGUCAGUGAUAACAACGAAGGUGCCGACUCAAAAAAAAAGCGACGAAAAGCUGCGUUUGGGAGAGUGAGAAAUUCAACGUUAAGCGAGGGAGAAAAUUUGGAGUCCAACACCAGUAACACGAAGUCGCGAAGUAGCAGCAACGAUGAUGAAUCGAAAGCUUGGGAUCCAGCACCGGGGGAAUCAAAGGGUGAUACAACGACUCGUCGACUUCAUGCUUCUGAAUCAAGCCAGUACAGUUACAGUUGGAGUGGCUAUAACACAAAUGGACAGCAAGGACAGCAAAACGAUGUCGACACACAGGUACAGACACAGCGAAAUGUACAAACGAAUACAGGCAAUGAUGACCGCGAGACCAACCAAGGACUGAAUUUCCAUGACAUCUCUACAGGUGACAGUGCUCAAAUUGGUGCUGUGUCUAGUGCGGACAGUGGUAAUUGGAAUUGGUGGGGAGCUAAUGGCUGGGGUCUCUAUGGCUUGGGUGGGAACAGUUUGUGGUGGAGUGGCCCUAGUUGGUGGAGCGAUAUCAAGAAGCCAGGAGAUGCGCAGUCAAAUCAACCUUAUCACAAUCAGUGGUCCUCAUGGUUUUAUAAUCAGCCCACGUAUCCUUCUACUGCCGACACCUCGCUAGCUGCUGAGUCGCUGCAGGCCCCUACAAAUCCAGAUACAACUGACGAUGCUACGAAUGUUCCUCUGACGCGGCAAAAGGAAGAUGUGAAAAGUAUUUUUCCAAAAUGCACUUCAGUGCCUUUGAUUUCAUACGGCGCUGUCAGCAGUCAUAAGUUUGUAUUGGUCGUCAAUGGAUAA